GUUAAAUAUUAAAUUAAAAUAUAUGAGACGUGAUUUACUGUGAUUUUCGUCUGAAAAGCUAAUUUAAAAAAAGCAAAAACCUUUACGUGAGGUACGUGAAGGCAUCGCAGUCAUGGGUUCUCCUUUACGUCAUUGGCACGGGGCGGUUCAUGAAUGGGGUUCUCAAGUGGGAGGGCCCAGUACUCUGACUUUUCCAGGCAGGAAAAAACUGGGUGUUGUGCUGUGCUCGCUGCAACGCGUCUCCAUGCGUGUUUUUAAGAAAAAGCGUGCUGUGUUUCACCGGACUUCUGCACAGCAGUGAAGGAAUCGGCCCCUGGCGUUUGUCAGCUGAGGCGCGCGGCAUCUGUAGCAAUAACACAGUCCAACGGAGGAAACAGGACCCGCCGUUCGAGCCAUGGGUUUUCGCAAGAAAAAUAAGAGCCCGCCGGUGCUGAGCCACGAGUUCGUGAUCCAGAAUCACGCCGACAUGGUUUCGUGCUUGGCAAUGAUUAUCCUCCUCGGACUGAUGUUUGAGGUCACAGCAAAGUUUGCCAUCAUGUUCAUCACGGUCCAGUACAACGUCACUGAAGUCCUUGAUGAGAAAAGCGAGCCGCUUAACUUUUACCAAUACGGCCCCAAAGACGUGGCGACUGUGUUUUUCUACCUGCUGAUAGCGGUCAUCCUUCACGCCUUGAUACAGGAAUACAUUCUCGAUAAAAUAAACAGGAGGUUGCAUCUGUCUAAAACCAAACACAGCAAGUUUAAUGAGUCUGGACAGCUGGCAGCGUUUUACCUGUUUUCCUUUGUUUGGGGCUGCAGCAUCCUGACAGCGGAGGACUUUGCAAAAAAUCCUACAUUCUUAUGGGAGGGCUACCCACACACUCGCAUGGUUUUUCAGGUUAAGUUCUUCUACAUUUGCCAAAUUGCAUAUUGGCUCCACGCUCUUCCUGAGCUGUACUUUCAGAAAGUGCGAAAGGAAGACAUCCCGCGCCAGCUGUAUUACAUCUGCCUUUACAUCGUCCACAUCACUGGUGCCUAUGUUCUGAACCUCCACCGACUGGGCCUGGUGCUGCUGGUUCCUCACUACCUUGUGGAGCUCCUGUUCCACGCUUCCCGCCUCUUCUACUUCAGCGACGAGAACAAGCAAAAAGGUUUCACCCUGUGGGCUCUUCUUUUCGUCAUCGCCCGUCUCCUCACCCUCACGCUCUCGGUGCUGACGUUUGGCUUCGGCCUUCCCCGCACGGAAAACCUCGGCUUUUCCUUAGCGGACGGGAACUUCAACGUGCUUACCGUUAGGAUGACGUGCCUGGCAGCCAUCUGCCUGACUCAAGCCUGGAUGAUGUGGAAGUUCAUUAAUUUCCAGUUGAAGAAGUGGAGAGAGCACAGCCAGAGUCAGGCGUCGAAGAAGAAGACGUUUAGCCCAAAGAGCAAGCUUCAUAAAAGGGAACCAACGAGGGUCGGCGCCGCCAACGGAGUGGUCAAAUCCGAGGAUAAAACGUCGCCGCGGGCAAGAAAAGCCAAAGCUUCAUGAGGACGCAGCGGCGCACAGUUUCUUCACUUUAACACCUGCUUUCUGUCUCCUGCUCUCCAAAACAAACAAAACAACAUUUAAACCGCGCUAAAGCGUCCGUCUGGAGCUGAAGCUCCUCCUCUGAGAAGGCUGCGUGUUGCGGUUUGCUGUGGGUGUUGGUCAUUCUUUGGCCGCAGGGUGAUCGCUGGUUUUGAUGCUUUAACGGGGAUGGCUCUGCACCUCUUUUGAGGCGUCCCUUUGUGGAAUAGAAGUUCCGAAAUUUUAACGUUGCAAGACUUUGUGGAGGCGACCGACUUCAGUGCAGCUCCGGGAAGGUGUUGGCGUCCAGAGUUUGGACCUUACGGUGUUAUGACGCUUUCGAGAAAGAACGAGUUUUGUUGGCCCUCAGCUAAUGGUCAAAUGUAAAAUAUGGUGUAGAGAUGAAGGCUGCUCAAGGCCCACAUGUCGUUUUAACACUAAGUGGAGUGGCUGUCCUUAAAGGGGCAACUUCUUAUUAAAAAUAAAUACAUAAAUAAAAACAAAAACCUGAACUUAGCCUCAGGUGUCUGAGCCAAAGAGACGAAGCAUUGUGAGUGGGAGAAAGUUUCCAAAUGUAAAAGUUUCUUUCUCCACAGGUCAAAGGGGAAGUGAUUUGAGGCGAGUAGAAAGCGUAAAAGCCAAACCGCAGAACUUCAACCUUUAAUGCUCAACUGUGGACUCUCAGAAAGGGUGACGAGUGAGAUUUUACUGCCACUUUUUUUUUUUUUUUUUUUUUUUACCUUGCUGGUUAAAUGACAGCGUUGAAGCUGAGCGGAUUCUUUCUGCGGCUCCCCCGUCUCCUCGCUGGCAGAGCAGCCUGCCUGGCAGGGCGAGGAGGCGACACUGUGCUGUUUGCAUCCUGUUAAACCUUGUUGCGAUGGGCAUGAUUGGUAAUGUUUGCAAGAAACUGCAUCUCUAAGCUUGCUUUUUUUCCCCCUUUUUUUUUUUUUAAAUGCAUGGUGGUUUAAAAGGCUGAGGACUUCAAUGCUACUUCACAUGUUGCAUAUCACACACUUCAGCAUUCAGUGGCCUUUUUUUUACAACUGAUGCAAGAGGGUUCAGUUAUUUAUUUUUGUCCUGCGAUAAAUAUUUAUAUGCUUGGAAAAGCUAUAACCAGCAAACAGCGGUCCAUAGCAAAACAAUACAAUCUUUCUUCAAGUGUCCUUACGAUGUUGGUCACAUGUCCUGCCUGUGUUGUGCUCGGUUUCUCUUCUCUCCGGUUCUUGGGGCUUUGGAGCAGUUGAUUAUAGGGGUUCAGGGGCUUUCAGUGCACCUUUUAUGACGCGUGUACAGUGCUGUUUAGUUGACUGUACGCUCAGCGACGAUGUAACCGCUCGUUUUUUCCCCCCCAAAUGCUUGUACACGAAAAAGUGACAAUCUGUCCACCUUGUCCUGCCUGCCUUUGGUUUUUUUUUUUUUUUUUUGCCCUGAAGAUCUCUUUGGCUCCAGCUUUGAACUGUAGACGGGUCGGUCGGUCGGUUUUAUGUUGUCCCCCCCCCUGCGCUCCAUGCCCACACCUUUUCAGUGAUCGUGACAUCACCACAUGUGCGGCGAGCCGCUCCUCUCAGCCCUCCAGCGGGGAGGAGAUGGUCUGGCGCUCUUUUGGACUUUUCCCGGUCGGUCGAGGCCCAUGUUUGCAAGUGGCAAUGUCACAGGAGGAAAGGAGCAGAGGACUGCUGUACCAGCCUCUUAUUAACAUGUCUCUGAAGGAAAAUAUAUAACGUUAACCCUACACUGUACUAAAAAACGUGUCAGAUUUUAAAAGUAUUUUUAUAAAAGAAAACUUGUUGAAGUUGACUGUUGUUGCGUAUACAUGUGUGAGUAUUUGUUUUACACUCCUGUUUCUGUAUGUAGUGAGGAUGCAGCUUGCUGACCUGUGGAUGUGUGUUUGCUUUGUGCUACGACUGUCUUCUUUUCUGUAACUUCAUGGCCUUAUUAGAGUUAAGUGGACUCGGUUGUUUAACGCUGCAGAUGUACAAUGCAGGUUUUUGUAUUCAUGAUUUACAGGACUCGAACCUACACUGUUUUUCUUCUUUUUUUUUAAUUUAAGUAAAUAUUUUUUUUAAAUUCAUGUUGUCCCAUCUAAACAUCAGCGAUCGAUGUGGCUCUGGAAAAUGAUUUUUAGCCUGUCGGAUCCUACAGGAGUUCCCUUUUGCUGUUAUAAUUUAUUAGGCUCCUCCCAUACCCCCCCCCCCCAUGUAUUUUCGGCACGUAUUGACUGGGAUUGUUCCAAUAAAUGUUAAUUUUGUCAAUAAUAUAAUGGAUUUAUACCACGAGCAGCCGCUAGAUGGCGCCAGUCCUCCCAAUUCAACGGAUUCUUUAUUCUUGUAACCCUUUUUUUUUCUCAUCCCUAUCUGACGUAUAUUUGUAAGUAUUAACCCUUGUGCUAUCCUAGGCACUUUAACAUUGGGAGUUGGGUCAUCUAGACCCACUAGACAGUGCUCUGAACCUUUUUUCUUCAAUGAUUUGUGAUCUUCACUGGUGUCCAUGGAUUACAUGAAAUCUUUCCACCUUUAUCCAACUUUGUCAUGGUAGGAUGGUAGAGUUAAAAACUAGAAUUGCUCGUAAAAUACACUUGCAGUCUAUGAAGAUGGCAUUUUCAUUAUAAUUAUACAAUUGAUUAACUUUACAAAUAUUAUACUUUCCUUUUUUUAAAUCUGCUGUCUAAAUUCUAAUAGCUUUGAACACUACUGUCCACUUUUAAUCAUUGACUUUGUUUUUUUUAAUUUGAUGUUUUGAAUAAAGCGUUUGUUUGUUAACCUGUA